AUGGCAAAAGAAGAAGAGAAACCUAAUCAAUCAACACCAUUGAUCAUAGCUAUGAAAGGUCAUCCAGGCACCGGCAAGACCACCUUAGCUCACUCUUUAGCUUCAACUCUUAAAUUUCCUCUCAUUGAUAAAGACGACGUCCGUGACUGCACUCUCUCCCUCCAACAAACCCUUCUCCACACCUCUCCCGCCACCGCUUCUUCUCUCCUCAACCAGCUCUCUUACGACGUCGUUUGGAAAAUUGCUUCGACGCAGAUCAGUCUCGGCCUCGGUGUCAUCAUCGACUCUCCCCUCUCGCGUAGGGCCCAUCUGGACCGCCUCCUCCAAUUGGCUUCAUCGGCUAAAGCCCGCUUGGUGAUUGUGGAAUGUAAGCCGUCGGAUGAGGCGGAGUGGCGCAGGAGACUAGAGAAGCGCGGGGCCAGUGAUGAACCCAGCUCCAGCUGGCAUAAGCCGUGUACGUGGGAGGAGCUUGAGAGGUUAGUGGAAGGAUAUGGAGGGUGUACGGAUUAUGAGGUGGGUGAUGUGCCGAAGCUGGUGGUGGAUACUACGGCAGCGAUUAGAGUUGAAGAGGUUGUUUCCGACGUUAUCGACUUCAUUUAUUCUUGUGGUGAUGGUACUGGUGCUUUAUCUUGUUCAGGAUUUUGA